AUGUCUGAUAAACCUUUGGAGGUAAACUCAAUUCUUAAUCAAAUUUAGGUCAUUAAUUCCAAUCAAUAGCAAAAUAUUCAAGCUCCUCCUUAAUAUAGACAACCUCCUCCAGGCUUCAUGCCGCCUCCAAUGCAUAUGAUGGGAGGACCUAGACCACCAAUGCCAGGUUAAAAUUCACAAGGUCCAUCAAUGAUGCAAAAAAUAAUGGAGGAGCCACUUAAUACUUAAAACCCUACAUUAUAUGUUUAAAAUCUUAAUGAAAGAGUAAAAAUCCCUGAUUUAAAGAAUGCUCUCUAUUAAUUAUUCAGUUAAUAUGGAGAUGUUAUUGAAGUGGUGUGCAAAAAGAACAUUAAAAUGAGGGGACAGGCAUUUGUUGUAUAUUCAGAUGAGGAUGGUGCAUAAAAUGCUAUUCAAACUCUCAGAGGCUAUAUUUUCUUUGGCAAGCCAUUGAGAUUAAACUAUGCUAAGAGUACUAGUGAUGUUAUUGCAAAAAUGAGAGGUACAUUUGAUGAUGAGGUCAAAGCUAAAAGAGAAUUAAGAAGGUAAACUGAACUUAAAUUAAGAAUGCUCAAGGCUAAGAGAAAGGUUAUUGAUAAGUUUUUAAAGCUCAGAUAAGAUAACGAAGAAAUGAUGAGCUUUAAAAAUCUUUCAAAGCCAGGAGCAUUCUCAAUAGAUGGCUAGGAAUCGAAUAAUCUAUUGUUUAUUGAAGGACUUUCUAAACGCACUUCAACUGCAGUACUAAAUGAAAUUUUCUCUCAAGCUGUGGUCUCAGGAUUCAAAGAAGUUAGACAUAUUGUCGAAAAAGAAGUAGCGUUUGUAGAAUAUGAGGACGAUCACACUGCUGCUAUUGCUAUGAAUGCCUUACAAGGAUAUAAUAUCAAAGAAAGCAACGGUGAAACUACUAUUCUAAGUAUUAGCUUUGCCAAGAGAUGA